CACGUGUCAGGCUGAGAUGAAAUGUUGUCCGGCACACACUCAGAUAUAUCACUUGUGAGACACAGAAUACAUGUCAGUCAUUGUCAGUCAACCAAGCAGCGUGCUGAUGUGAGUCCGUCUACUUGACCCUACACACUUCCUGGCUCCUUCAUAGACAGACAGACAGACAGACAGAGAAAGAGAGACAUCGCGGCCUCAAAAAACGCGACGCUCCAUCAGCCUUGAACCCCAUCAUCGCUCACGACAUCAGGCAAGACAACACUCACACACACACACGUGUGCAGCUCUCUUGGCCAUACUAUAAACGCCCCCGCCCAGUGAGUGCACAGGUAUUUAUUUCUUCCCUGACUAAGAAACAACAGAUACACACAUGACACACAUGACUCAGGCCAACGAUCAUUGUCUCUGAACGAACACUCACUCACACCCUCAGCAGACAGACACACACGCCGACUCAUCAGCUGAAACGACCCGACUUGUGACGUUCACAUGGCCACCCACUGGCAGAUGAGCAUCGCCAUGGCCACCCCGCCCCACAGUGACCACCCCCUCACUCUGCAUCAUGCUUCAACACCUCCACCUCAUCAGCAGUGAAGACGAAGGCACCGCCAAGAUAAGCAUCACCAAACUCGUUCCUCACCCCCUUGUAGCCCUCAGGCACAUAGCGGCUGGCGAUGGCAGAUUGCGCCUGCUCGACGUCAAGCCGAUCUUCACCCAUAAACGACCAAUCCGACAUGGUCCCAUUCAACGCAAAGCCACGGAGCUCCAGCCCUCCCACGGGGCGGUCCAGGUCAUCGUUGAACUGCGGAAACCACAGCUCCACCCGAUCUUGUGCCUCCUGUAGGAGCUGAAAUCUGGUCGGCUCAUCGAAGUGGCCCGACAGCGAAAAGUACCACAGGUAAGCCCCCGACGGCGGUGUCGGCGUGACCAGUCCCUCCGACAGCGAUGUCGGAGGGGGCGGCUUCUGGUCGAAUUGGGCCCACAAGCUGACAUAGGUGCCGCACACGUAUGGGGCCUUGCGGAUGAGGAACACGGUGCCGGCCUCCGCCGACCAGCCCUCACGCACCUUGUCGGCGCCUAUGAGGCUGAACAUAUCAUGAAGUGUACUGCCGUCUGCAGAGGACCUGACAUACACACAAAGCAAACAAUCAGACAGACAGCCAGACAGCCAGACAGCCACCAUACACAUGUGUGUGGCCUGGCUGGUUGGCAAUAAACUUGUUGAUAGACAUACCGGUAGAUUGAAGUGAGUGUCUUGUUGUCUCCCAAGAGGUCACGGAGGCCGUCAUACUCGGAGGCUGACAGGGACGAGCCGUCCACAGGUGACGGAGAGCUGUUCGCCGCUGGUGGGGGUGCGACUGGCGUCACAAGUGCUUCUUCGGGCACCGUGGCUCGUGUCGACACCGCAUGCAGCACCUCCACCUCAUCAGCUUCGAAGAAACGGUCGCCACCAAACCAAGCCUCAUAUUCGCUGCCCCUCUCUCCCAUAAAAGCCUCGCCAUCGGUCUCUCUCACACCCAUGUAGCCCUCAGGCAGAUAGGCGGCUGCCGUCCGCUGGAAGCAGCUGCGGGUGUCAUUGGAUCCAUUUGGAAAGUGAACUCCUCUCGCGCAGUCCCCCAUACAUAUCGUCCUGACAGUCAGCGACAACCGCCCUUCGCUCCAGUCAGCUCGCCCAAAAAACACCCGUUGCUUGGGGAACGGGGCCAUGAUCUUGGUCGGCACGUCGAAGUGGCCCGCCAGCGAGAACUGCCACAUUUCACAUGCGUCAGGGGGAUCAGUCACACCGAAACGCUCUUCAGCCAGGGCGAUGCCGCAGUUGAUGGAUGUGCCGAACACGUACUGGUCCUUCCGGACGACGAAGACGAGCGGCUCGCUGUCGCCCACACGGUCCAGCAGAUCGUCGAAUGUGCUGCCAUGCACUGAUGCCCUGCCACCCACCCACAGACAGACAGACAGACAGUGUGACGAUAUGGUUGUUUGGCUCCUUGGCACACCUACCGGUAGAGUGAGGUGAGGUUGGUAUCAUUGCCCAGCAGGCUAAUCAGACCCUCGUACUCUGACGCUGACAGCGAUGUGUUGGCUGGCAAACCGACCUGCAGACGACGAACCUGACACAGACAGACAGACAGACAGCCACCAGAGAUGUGAUCAGCCACAGACAGACAGACAGACAGGCAUUGAGUGCAAUGAGAGUGCAUCAGGAGCUGAGCUGAUGCCGUGUGUGUGUGAGAUCUACCUGGGCAGUGCUUCUCGGGCGCACGAAGGCAUGGCAGCACGCCACGCAGAGGGCGAGCAGGACGGACAAAGCCAACAGCAUCACGCCACGCACCAUCGUUGG